GACGGCUGGAGUUGCUAUAUAGAUGCGUGCGUUGCAGCCAAAAUUGACUUUGUAUACAUAAGAUACCCAACAAACAAUUUCUCUUCGGAGUAUAUUCCAUCUGAGGUAAAAAUUGCAAGAGCGGGUGGUCCCCUCACUUCCACGACCAAAGCCCACGCUCUUGAUCUCUUCCCUUUCAACUUCUUGAGGUCUCUGCACAUUUCAUUAAUAUUAGCGAGGCAACUUUAACACUCAGUCUGGACACCAUGGAUUUUUGUCUUCGAUGCAACUCCCUUAGCUGCCGUUCUUCGUUAAGGGAAAGGGCAGUCGUUACUACUUGCUCACAUAUUUUCUGCCUCCAGUGUUCCGAAAACCUCGGGCUAUCGCGCGCCAACGUAGGCGAACGCCGUUGUCCAGCCUGCCACACCACGCUUAUCAACCCAGACGAUGCCGCAGUAACCGUAUUGAAUCCAACAGAAGAUUACAAAACCAGUGUUCUGAGUGGUCUCGAUCCAAAUACCAUAAUGGAGUGCGCCGGGCGAGCCUUGCUAUUCUGGACGUAUCAAACGACGCAAGAAAUAUUCUACCAGGAAUUCCUCGGAAAGACCCUUACAGACAAAUACCACAAUUUGAAUACACAGAUGGACAAAGUCAUUCACAAUGCCAACACUGAAAUCUCGACUCUGCAAACAAGACUAGCUGCACCAGAUAUGCAGAGGGCACAAGAACAGCUCACGAAGAAGAACCAGGAGCUUGUCGAUAUGUACCGGGAAAAGUGCAAGAAGUUCUCCCAGAUCACCAACCUAUACAACUUGUUGAAAUCUCGAGCAAUGCGGUCUCAAAUGCAGAAUGCUGCUGUUUCUCAGGCACUCAAUUCCCUUGACACACCACGCAAUGGGCCUACAAGCCUAGCUCCUAAAUCCGCAGGUGGAACAGGACCACCUCAGACUCCAUCUACAUACCAGCCUAAGGUAUAUCCAGUUGAUCCAGACGGGGUGGAACAGUUGCAUCGCCAUCAGCGAAGCGGGACAGGGAGUUCCAAAGGCGCAAAAAAGAAGGCUGACGCAUCUACGAUGCCUCCGCCAAAUCGCACAGAGACUAUUGGAAGAAAUCGGGAUCCUCCAGACGCUGCAACUACCCAUCGAACACGACUCGUAGGUCUUUCGCGGCCGUCGACGGGGAUGUCUCAACUACCGCUCGACAGUAUAAUGCUGGAACAAUUCCAAGCUGACAGGUCCCAGAACGAGAGGUCUAUUAGCAAUCACUCGACCCAUCGGGAGAGUUUGAAUGUUGGCCGCCCAUCUACGGAAGGGCUUUCAGGGAGACGAUCAUUUUUCGACAGCACAAUCAUGUAGACAUGGGGGAAGACAUUUGCGGAAAGUCUUGUAUGGGAGAUGAUUCGAUUCGUUUGAGUUUUUCUUUCUUCCAUUUUGUUCUUCAGCUGAGCAUCAUCGUAUUGACGGGGUAUCUAUAUAUAUAGAAAUAGUCGAAGUUAUGUCAAUAAAAUCACGGGCACUACGGUUACAACAGGAGAUUUUUCGUAGUUUUUCAACGCUUCCUGGAACAUCAUAUAAUUUUACUUGUGUCGUAUUCUAACGCAUUUGUUAGAAGUGUU